AUGGCGAAGAAGUCGAGCAACCCGAUGGAUGCUGCGCGCAAAGCAGCGCGCAAACGAGAGUUGGAGAGAAACAAGGCAUCUCGACAAAAAGUCAGAGACGAAAUAAUGAUUCGCAAAGAUCCACGUCCUCUACAAGCCGAAGUCCGACGAUUGGAGAGAUUGAGCUCCACUGGCAAUGGCAAGUUGUCUGCAAUCGAUUCGAACGAGCUCAAGGAGAAAAGGGCAGAGCUGGAAGGAAUGUUGAGGUUAAAGGAAGAGUUUGUAGCCAAGCAUCCCAACAGCCGUAAACUCGUCUUUCCAGGCGAAGAAGAGGAGCGAUCGGAGAAAGAGAGACAAAGGAAGGCUGAAGAGGAGUCUAAAAUGGGUGCUGGUGCUGGCAAAGCAUCGGCUGGGCCAGCAGGUGGAGGACAGUAUGCUGGCAGAAUCCCGGAAAGAAGCGUGUAUUACGAUCCAGUGUUCAAUCCGACCGGUGCACCUCCUCCUGGAAUGCCGUACAGAGAGAAACCGCCUGAUCAGUGGCCUGCACCCCCGCUACCCUCGUCGCCACCACCAAGCUGGCCAACGACUUUUGACACCACGUCCGAAGCGCAAGCACGUGAGGAGAAAGCCGAGGUGUUGUAUGGUGAUGAAGUCGGCACCCCGAAUUCGGACACAGACUCCGACUCGAAUUCGGACGAAGAUGGGAUUCAGCUUCCCGAGGGUCCUCCACCUUUACCUCCAGCUGCCGAAGUCGAGGUCAAAGAGGAGAGCGAAGAGGAUGACGAGGAUGAUGACGGGAUCAUCAUGCCCUCUGGUCCGCCUCCCCCCAAAGUUGGAUCGAACGCUCCAGCUGGGCCAGCUCAAAUGCACUACACUGGUCCGCCACCUGGCUUCGGCACGCACUUGGGCACAGCUAUGCCUCUGGCCGCUCCCAAUUGGACAAGUCACGGUCCAAUGUCCGGUGCUGGACCUUUUCCAGCAGGGCUUAGCGACCAGAUGAGGCCUCCGACAUGGCAAGCCGGGCCGAGCCAAUUCAGACCACCGCCUCCUAUGCGUUCCUUUCCAAGAGCAGGUGCACCAAGAGGGUUUGAAGGGUACGCUGCGCAUGCAGGCGGGGGCGAAGGCGUACGUGCAGAUCCAAUGGCCUUGAAUGGAGAAGUGAGGCCCACUUUUCAAAGCUGGCGCGCACGACCUCGAUCUUCUCCUCAUACUCUCCAUCCCUCUCAAUCCGGACCAAAUUCCGUGCCAGCAAGAGCUCCGACCGGUCCUUCCGCCUCUUCUGCCGCUACCGCUUCCCAUCAUUCCCGGCCACAAGCUCCCGGUCCACCACCAGUGCGACCGCCAACAUCCAUCUCCGCCGCUCCUCAAAUGCGCGAUUUCAGAAAAGAAGCUGCAGAAUUUGUUCCGCCCGCCUUGGCUCGCAAGAGAGCCGCGCAGAGAGCUCAGGCUGCUAAAGGAGGUCUGCCAGGAAUGAUCGAUGCUGCACCUGCAUCUGGACCAAGAGCAGAUCAGCAAGAGGCGAAUUCUUCAAAAGAGGACACACAAAGGAUCGGCCUGAUGGACAGGCUCAAACCUCAUCUCAACACGAGCUGGGAUGCGCAGGAAGCAAGUCCCAAGUUUGGCCAGGCUCCAGGCAGGAGGAAGAAGGAUGACGAGUAUGAACGAUUCUUGGGCGAUAUUGGGGAUCUACUAUGA